AUGCUCACUUUAUGGAACUUGUUUGAAGCGUCUUUACUUUGCCUUAACGCUGUUUGUGUUCUACAUGAAGAGAGGUUUAUGCAGAAAAUGGGAUGGGGUUCAAAUGUUCCUAAUCAAGGCUUUGAGGACCACUCAUCAGUUAAAUACCAAAUUUUAAACUUGGUUAGAUCUAUUAGAACAGUUACAAGAAUUCCAUUGAUUAUUUUAAAUAUACUCACAAUUAUAUUUAAAUUGCUGUUGGGAUAG